GCGGAUUUUGGUGUGUAAUAAUGAUUUUCUUUAUUUUGCGGGAAAUCAAUGAAUAGUUAAACAUGGAUUUAUAUGUUUCUGUUCAAAAAAUGUACAUAUCUCUUCUUUUAGACUGCCUCUCUCCUUCUCUUGUGUUGUGACUUCAAUGUAGCGAAAGAGAAAAAACAAAACCAAUUCUGUUUAAUUCAAACAUUUAAACACAUAUAUUAAAGAAUUCUCUGCUGUUACCGCUCACCACCUUCCAGCACAAUGGACUUUACUUUUAAAAAAUCCAUAAAGCGGAAUUUAAGAAAGCGAAAUAUAAGUGAUGAUGAAAAUUCUAGUGGAGAAGAAACUGCAGUUUUUAAAAAGGAAAAAAAGUCAGUAUCAAGUAAUCCAAUGAUACAAGGUACCAGUACGAAAAAAAUUCGAGAUGUGGAUCACAACCCAACUAAAUCAGACAGCGAUGAGGAAACUUUAAUUCCUGUGUAUAAAUCGGCAAAAACAGCUCAACGAACAGGUCCAGCAGAUAUGGGAGCAACUUCAACAAUACAGUUUGAAACAGAAAAGGAUAAAGACGCUCAAGCUAUAUUUGAAAAAUCGCAGAAAAUAAAUGAAGAAUUAAAGGGCAAAGGAGAUGACAAAAUCUACAGGGGUAUCAAUAAUUAUCAAAAGUUUUCUAUAGCGAAAGAUACCUCUCAAGGAAAUGCUUCUAGUGGCAUGGUCAGAAAAGGUCCCAUUCGAGCACCGGACAAUAUCAGAUCAACUGUUCGAUGGGACUACCAACCAGAUAUUUGUAAAGAUUAUAAAGAAACUGGGUUUUGUGGAUUUGGGGACAGUUGUAAAUUCAUGCAUGACAGAUCAGAUUAUAAGCAAGGGUGGCAGUUGGAGAUGGAAAUGGCCAACAAUACUUACGGUGCCGAAGACUCUACAAAGUACGAAAUUAGUUCUGAUGAGGACGACUUACCAUUUAAGUGCUUCAUUUGUAGAAGUUCAUUUAAAGACCCUGUGGUAACCAAAUGCAAUCACUAUUUUUGUGAAAAGUGUGCUCUAGAGAACUAUGCAAAAAGUACCAGAUGUUACGUCUGUGGUGUUCAGACAUCAGGCCUGUUCAAAGCUGCUAAAGAUUUAGCUGCAAAGUUGAUUGCAAGAAAAGAAAGUGCAUGUGGAUCAGACAGUGAUUCUUGAGUAUGUCUCUUGGAAAAAAGAAAAAUAUAGUGUGUCAACAGCAUCUUGGUGACAUUAAAACAGUGUAGCAUUAAUAGGAUUUUUUAAAGAAGAUAAUUUAAUCUUCAGGAAUUUGUUUUCAAUGCAUGUUUUACAAAGAUGAAUACAUGU